AUGGUUCACCAAGUCCGUACGCCCAGCAAGGCCAUUCCCGCCAAGCACCUGAGUCCCAUGAGGACCGUGGAAGGAUCCGGCGGAAAGUACGCCGUAUCCAGCAGUCCGGCGGAUAGUUUCCUGCGAAAUACCAGACUUACGGUUCAGAGCAGCUCCCAGAACUCGGCGGCCUUCAAAUACAACCAGAUGAUCACCAAUAAUCGGGAGCAGUUCAAUAACCUGCACUUCUGCUAGAAAUCGUAGGGGGAUUUCCAUAGCCACUGGAGAGACCGAACUGGAGGAGAAAAAUAUAACUAUGAUGGCGAUUAUUUGUCACACAACAUAAAUGCAAUAAAUUCAUUUAUAAAAAUUUCCACAAA